AUGGGGACACUCCGGGCGGCCGUGACCCUGCUGGAGUCCGGGGGGGACCUCCAGCCCCCCGGGGGGUCCCUGCGCCUCCUCUGCCGCGCCUCUGGAUUUGAGUUCGGGAAUUUUGCGAUGUACUGGAUCCGCCAGAAACCCGGGAAGGCGCUGGAAUACGUCGCGAGCAUCUACACUGAUGGAUCCUACACCGACUACGCGCCAUCCGUGAAGAGCCGGUUCACCCUCACCAGGGACAACGGGCAGAGCUCGGUGACGCUGAGCAUGAACAACCUCCAGGACGAGGAUUCUGGGGUUUAUUUCUGUGCUAAAUCUGCUGGUACUGGUGCUGGACCUGGUGCUUAUGGUGAGCCGGCGCAGGGCCGGGCGCCGCUGGAGGAUUUUCUUUCCGCCGUCGUUGGUUGCGGAGCUCAGGUCACCGCGGGCGCCGGGGGCCGGCCACCGCUGCCGGCUGUAGCCAGCCCUGGCUCCUGCAGCCCCUGCUCCAGGUCACCGUGCGUUAUCUCUCUUCCUCCUGCUGGGCAGGAUAUUACAGCUCAGCCAAUCAGCAUCGCCCUCGUCCGGGCGGCCGUGACCCUGCUGGAGUCCGGGGGGGACCUCCAGCCCCCCGGGGGGUCCCUGCGCCUCCUCUGCCGCGCCUCUGGAUUUGAGUUUGGGGAUUUUGGGAUGUUCUGGUUCCGCCAGAAACCCGGGAAGGGGCUGGAAUACGUCGCGAGCAUCUACACCGAUGGAUCCUACACCGACUACGCGCCGUCCGUGAAGGGCCGGUUCACCCUCACCAGGGACAACGGGCAGAGCUCGGUGACGCUGAGCAUGAACAACCUCCAGGACGAGGAUUCCGGGGUUUAUUUCUGUGCUAAAAACGCCUUCAGUUACAUUGGUGCUGAUGAUGUUUCUCAAGCUGAGAAUUUGGGGCUGCAGCAGCCCAGCCGUGGCAGCGGCGGCCACGAGUGA